AUGCCGCAAAGCACACAAAGCGCAGUGGUCUCGGACAAUGAACUGGAGUGGGAAGAGGAUGUUGAUGUACCUGAGGAAUUUGAUGAUCAGAUUAUCAGAGAUCGGGCUAGGGCGGCAACUGUUAAAGAUGCUCACAAGGGGAAAAAGCGCACCUUUUUCGACUUUUUGGACGAAGAACAGGAGGGUGAUGUACCCGGGAGGCGAUCCGAGUCGUUGGACAAAGAAGAAGCCGAAGUUGAAGAUGAUCCAGAUGCUGACUAUGAGAGUUCUGAAGUCGAGGAUGUAGUUAACAUAGAUGAUGAUGUGGAGAUGAUCAAUCGGCAGCUGCCUGAGGUCAACACCAAGGUCAACAAAGCAGCGAAAACUCAGCUCACAACUUCUAUGUCAGUUGAUAUCACGGAGUUGGAUGAGAAGCCCAUCAAAACCGAAAGCGCUCAUCACACGUCCACAUCAGCCACUACCCGAGGAAAGUCGAUCAACCCCAAGAAAGUCAAACCCAGGAAUGCCCACUUGCCUAGUGAUGCUCAGAACUCGCUGAAAUGGUGUUCUAAAUUUCUUCCAGCAGUUAUGUACUGGGUCGGAAAUUCUAACUAUCCUUGGACCAUCCCAGACGAAAAACUUUCAGAUGUCUGUCAUGACAUUUUUCAUGAGGUGUUCAAUGGUGCACCUGGGGAGUUCAAGGUUGACAGCUACAGUAGUGGGUUCCACAUGGUCUGUCAAAGGAUUUCAGAGUGGAGGGGAUUCUUCGGCUCCACUGCCGUCAAUGUCCUGAUGACAUUUUUCACUUUGAAUGAUAACCUCAAGACUCCCGAUGCACAAAAGGAAUAUGCUGGAGAUCAGCUUGUGGACUCGCGCUUCGUGUAUGAAGAUCCAGACAAUGAGGACUUACCUGGAGCCUUUCUGUCUGAAUUCAUCUUGCAUGUUUUCGCCGCCCACCUCAACGCUAUCUAUGGGUACGAGAAGAUAGAUUCAAUUGAACAUGGCUUACCUGGGCACCAAACUUUGCUUGCACUGGCAACUGCAGCUGCUGAGCAUGCACUUAUUUUGGCUCGUGACAACCUUAUACUACUGGACAAUGCUUCGGACAACGGCAAGAAAAAUUACAAGAUUGCAUUGACGCUUAAUCAAACCACAAACAAGAUGAGUAAUACUGGCACCGCAUUUUCAUCAGGCAACUGGGAGACAGACACCAUUGCUUACAUGGAGUUUAUUGAUGGAUUGUCUUCUGUGCGCAUCAGCGAGAUUGUUGCAUGA